AUGUCGAGGAAAGCUGAAAAGUCUCAAGUCCUCAGCAUAUUGGAAGAAAGUAAACAAAUGGUGGAUAAUGCCAUCUACAAUACAAUGAGAAGGAACCUCAAGAAAAGGGAAGCAAAUACUCCAGCUCAGCUUCUGUCCUUUUCCAAACUCCCUGAACCGACUAGCCGAGCCAUUUCCCAUGCAGCUGAGGUAAUGGAAACUUCCAUACAAGCCCUGAAAAGAAAGGUUGUCUUGGAGCAGAAACAAUCACAGCAUCCAACUGAUAUUUUAUCAGAAGAUCUUCUGAACACCAUUGCAAACAUGUCAGGAUGCCUGCCUUAUAUGUUACCACCAAAAUGUCCAAAUACUUGUCUGGCAAACAAAUAUAGACUUAUCACAGGAGCUUGCAACAACAGAGAUCAUCCUAGAUGGGGAGCUGCCAACACAGCCCUGGCAAGAUGGCUUCCUCCAGUUUAUGAAGAUGGAAUAAGUCAGCCCAAAGGGUGGAACCACAAUUUCUUGUAUAAUGGAUUCCCACUGCCCCUGGUUCGGGAAGUGACAAGACAAGUUAUUCAAGUUUCAAACGAGGCUGUUACGGAAGAUGACCAAUAUUCUGAUCUCCUUAUGGUGUGGGGACAAUAUAUUGAUCAUGAUAUUGCAUUCACACCUCAGAGCACAAGUAAAGCUGGGUUUUGGGGAGGAAUUGAUUGCCAGAUGACAUGUGAGAACCAAAACCCAUGUUUUCCUAUACAGCUUCCGUUCAAUGACUCCCAGAAGGCAAGCCUCCAGUGUUUGCCUUUUUAUCGUUCUGCUGCUGCCUGUGGCACUGGGUCCCAAGGUGCUUUCUUUGGAAACCUGUCAGAGUCAAACCCAAGGCAACAGAUGAAUGGCCUGACCUCCUUCCUCGACGCGUCCACGGUAUACGGUAGCACUCCUGCCUUGGAGAAGAAGCUAAGGAACUUAACCAGCCAGGAAGGGCUGCUCCUGGUCAACAGGCGCUACUGGGACGAAGGCCGCGCCUAUCUGCCCUCCGCACCUCUGCGGGCCUCGCCUUGCGCACAGGAGCCUGGCACUCACGACAAUGACCGGGUCGAGUGCUUUCUGGCAGGUGACAACCGCGCAAGCGAAGUCCUUUCCCUCACCGUCCUGCACACGCUGUGGUUGAGGGAGCACAAUCGUCUGGCCAUCUCCCUUAAGGGUCUCAACCCGCAUUGGAGCCCAGACACCAUCUACCAGGAGGCGCGCAAAAUCGUGGGAGCCCUGCAUCAGAUUAUUACCAUGAGAGAUUACAUUCCCAAAAUUCUGGGCCCAGAGGCCUUCCAGCAAUAUGUGGGUCUCUACGAAGGCUACGAUUCCACAGUGAACCCCACAGUAUCCAAUGUAUUUGCCACAGCUGCGUUCCGCUUUGGGCAUGCCACAAUUCACCCAUUUGUAAGGCGUCUUGACGACCACUUUCAGGAGCACCCUGACCUCCCCAGGUUACACCUGCAUGAUGCCUUCUUCAGUCCAUGGAGACUUGUCAGGGAAGGUGGUUUGGACCCACUGGUAAGAGGCCUUCUUGCAAGAUCAGCCAAAUUGCAGGUGCAGGAUCAGCUGAUGAACGAGGAGCUGACAGAAAAGCUCUUUGUGCUGUCGAAUUCGGGCACUUUGGAUCUGGCAUCAUUAAAUUUGCAAAGGGGCCGAGACCAUGGUCUGCCAGGUUAUAACGAAUGGAGAGAAUUCUGUGGCUUACCAAGACUAAAGACGCAAACUGACUUGAACACUGUCAUUACCAGUAAGAUUGUCAUUGAAAAAGUAAUGAAAUUAUAUAAGCACCCUGAUAAUAUUGAUGUCUGGUUGGGUGGCUUAGCUGAAAACUUCCUUCCAAGAGCUCGAACUGGCCCCCUGUUUGCCUGCCUCAUUGGAAAACAAAUGAAGGCCCUGAGGGAUGGUGACCGGUUUUGGUGGGAAAACAGGCAUGUAUUUACGGAAGCUCAAAGGCAUGAACUGGAAAAGCAUUCUUUAUCCCGGAUCAUCUGCGACAACGCAGGCCUCACCAGAGUGCCAGUCGAUGCAUUUCAAGUUGGAAAAUUCCCCCAAGAUUUUGAGUCAUGUGAAAAUAUACCACACAUGAACUUAGAAGCAUGGCGAGAAACAUUUCAUCAAGAUGACAAAUGUGCCUUCCCAGAUAAAGUGGAUAAUGGGGACUUUGUGUACUGUGAUGAAUCUGGAAAACGUGCCCUGGUGUAUUCCUGUCAUCAUGGAUAUGAGCUUCAAGGGCAAGAACAAAUCACUUGCACAGACAAAGGAUGGGAUUUCCAGCCACCUAUUUGUAAAGAUAUUAAUGAAUGCAAAAAUCUAAUGGACCCUCCUUGCCAUCCCUCUGCUCAAUGUAAGAACACCAAAGGCAGCUUCCAGUGUCUCUGUACUGACCCAUACGUACUAGGAGAAGAUGAAAGAACUUGCAUAGAUUCUGGAAGACUUCCAAAAGCCUCGUUAGUCUCCAUCACAUUAGGCGGAGUGCUGAUUGGCAUCUUGGCAGCAUUGACCUGGACAGUGAUUUGCAGGUGGUAA